CAUAAAAAUGGAUUUAUUCACAAAAUAAAUAAAAAAUAAAAAAUGGAUUUUUGUUUUUCAGAUGGACUGCAUGGUCAAAAGCUGUGAUUUUUCUCCAAUAUCCCUGCAAAAAUCCGACGCAAACGUCGUUGCUGGAGAAAAUAAGAAGAGCAGAGCUGAGGCUGGGAGUAGGAAAAGAUGGCGGUGGUUUCGGCGUUGAGAGGCGGUCGUUUGCCUUUGUUCCAUCAUCAUCAUAUGGGUUCGAGUAUAGCAUCAUCACCAUCAUUGGUUGGUUGGUGUUCGUUAAGGAAAUUUCCAAACUUUGGCUCAAAUUCAAAAGGGUUCACUCUCUUUGCCCGUUAUUCACAAGCUCAGGAUGUUUUCUCCUCUCGUUUCCAAGAGAGCAUCGAGAACUUGCCUAAAUUGGUGGAGGAUAUUGUCCAGACAUCCAUAGACACAGGUCCACGUGGUGCCCUAAGGAUGGCUCAAGGAAUUCAAGCCGUUAUCGGGGUUGGUGGAGAGUGGCUUGCAGACAUAUCAAGGUCAACAAACUCGUCUGCGGAAUUACCAACUCAAUUGCAGCUUGGAUUGCUUUCACCGCUGUAUUUGAGACGGUUAUUUGAACGCAUGGGUGCAACCUACAUCAAGUUGGGUCAGUUCAUUGCAUCUGCACCCACAUUAUUCCCACCAGAAUAUGUUGAGGAAUUUCAGAAAUGCUUUGACAGAACUCCUGCAGUUCCCUUUGAGCAGAUUCAAACAAUCUUGCGUGAGGAGUUGGGGAGACCAAUAGAUAGUGUUUAUGAAUUUGUUGACCCAACUCCUCUCGCUUCAGCCUCAAUAGCCCAGGUUCAUGGUGCAAGACUCAGAGGCUCCCAAGAGGAUGUGGUUAUUAAGGUCUUGAAACCUGGAAUAGAGGAUGUAUUGGUUGCAGACCUGAAUUUUGUUUAUAUUGUUGCUCGACUUGUGGAAUUCCUGAAUCCUGAAUUGAGCCGUGCAUCACUGGUUGGUAUUGUAAAAGAUAUACGGGCAUCAAUGCUUGAAGAGGUUGACUUUCAGAAGGAGGCAGCUAACAUCGAAUCCUUUAGAAGAUAUUUAGAAGCCAUGGGACUCACAAGGCAGGCAACAGCUCCUAAAGUGUAUCACCAAUGCAGCACCCGACGAGUUUUGACAAUGCAGAGGCUAUAUGGAGUUCCCCUUACUGACCUGGACUCUAUAAGUUCGCUUGUUUCCAAUCCAGAGACCAGUCUCAUAACUGCCCUUAACGUGUGGUUUGGCAGUCUGCUUGCCUGUGAAACCUUCCAUGCAGAUGUACAUGCAGGCAAUUUGUGGCUGUUACGUGAUGGCCGGAUUGGGUUUCUUGAUUUUGGAAUUGUUGGACGUAUAUCCCCAAAAACGUGGGCUGCUAUGGAAGUAUUUUUGGCAUCAAUUGCAACUGAAGAAUAUGAACCAAUGGCAUCUGCCUUGAUUGAAAUGGGUGCUACAAACACAGAUGUUGAUUCGAAGGCCUUUGCAAGGGACUUGGAAAAGAUAUUCUCAUCAAUAAAGGAUUUGGAUACAGAAGUGGUCAUAGCAACAGCCAGGGGAACAAAUACGAGUGCCACUGCUGUCUCUGCUAAUUUAGUUGUUGAUGAGAGGCAGAUGAAUGCGCUUUUCCUUGAUGUGAUUCGGGUCAGCGAAUCAUAUGGAUUGAGAUUUCCUCGGGAGUUUGCACUUCUUAUGAAGCAGCUAUUAUAUUUUGAUCGGUACACCCGUCUGUUGGCACCGAAUUUGAAUAUGCUCCAAGACCAGAGGAUUUCCAUUGUUUCAAACAGAAGAAACAACUACAGGGACAGUUUUCGAUAAAAAGCUUGCAAAUGCAGAUAUAGCCGCUUGUAGUGUUUGUAUAUAAAAAAAAAUCAUAUAUAUAUAUAUAUAUAUAUGAGAAUAAUACAUGGCUGGGAAUACAUACCAUAGGAACAUUAAGAGAAAGUAGGAAAAACGUAUACUCACUCUAUUUGCAUUUAUUAUAUUCCCAAUUCCAAUUUAGCCGGACCAUUAUUAUCUAUA